AUGCUCUUGAAAAUUUUUCUACUGAAUUUCUUCUUGCUCAGCGUUUUUUCUGCCUAUUUCGACGUGAAACGGGGUGAAUUCUUUUUUUAUAACAUUUUUUUUUGAAAAGUAAGUUAUCAUUUCAGAGGGGAUAGUUUAUCACUUCAACAUGCCUGGCGACGGAUCUUGCAAGGUCUAUCAGUGGUGUGCGAGCUGGUUAAAGUGUGACAGUGUGAGUGUUUUUGAACUUACUUCUUUAUUAGAUUUGAAAAAGAAUUGAUUUUUUGAGAAAAAAAAAACGAAAUCAUUCUCCUUUGGGAAGUUCGCUGAAAAAAAUUUGUUUUAUUUGAAAAUAGAAGAGGUCUUUUUCUGCUCCAACUUUAUCUGAGAAACAUUGCAAAAAAAAUUGGCUUUUUUUUGGAGUUCUUUAGCAUAAUAAAACCAAUCAUUUACUAAAAAAAUCAUCAAGCACUAUGAAUUAAUUAUAAACUGUGUCACGACUCGGAAUUUCACUGAACCACAUUCCGCUGUUCCGUUUAUAAAAUAAGCAGCGCCUUAUAAAAUAAGAAGCGCCUUAGGAAAUAAGCAGCGCCUUAGGAAAUAAGCAGCGCCUUAUAAAAUAAGAAGCGCCACAGGAAAUAAGCAGCGCCUUAGGAAAUAAGCAGCGCCUUAUAAAAUAAGCAGCGCCUUAUAAAAUAAGAAGCGCCACAGGAAAUAAGCAGCGCCUUAGGAAAUAAGCAGCGCCUUAUAAAAUAAGAAGCGCCACAGGAAAUAAGCAGCGCCUUAGGAAAUAAGCAGCGCCUUAUAAAAUAAGCAGCGCCUUCUAAAAUAAGCAGCGCCUUAUAAAAUAAGCAGCGCCUUAUAAAAUAAGCAGCGCCUUAUAAAAUAAGCAGCGCCUUCUAAAAUGAGCAGCGCCUAAGGAAAUAAGCAGCGCCUUCUGAAAUAAGAAAAUAAGCAGCGCCUUAGGAAAUAAGCAGCGCCUUCUAAAAUAAGCAGUGCCUUAUAAAAUAAGCAGCGCCUUAUAAAAUAAGCAGCGCCUUCUAAAAUGAGCAGCGCCUAAGGAAAUAAGCAGCGCCUUCUGAAAUAAGAAAAUAAGCAGCGCCUUCUGAAAUAAGAAAAUAAGCAGCGCCUUAGGAAAUAAGCAGCGCCUUCUAAAAUAAGCAGCGCCUUAUAAAAUAAGCAGCGCCUUAUAAAAUAAGCAGCGCCUUAUAAAAUAAGCAGCGCCUUCUAAAAUAAGCAGCGCCUUAUAAAAUAAGCAGCGCCUUAUAAAAUAAGCAGCGCCUUCUAAAAUGAGCAGCGCCUUCUAAAAAUGAGCAGCGCCUAAGGAAAUAAGCAGCGCCUUCUGAAAUAAGAAAAUAAGCAGCGCCUUAGGAAAUAAGCAGCGCCUUAUAAAAUAAGCAGCGCCUUAUAAAAUAAGCAGCGCCUUAUAAAAUAAGCAGCGCCUUAUAAAAUAAGCAGCGCCUUAGGAAAUAAGCAGCGCCUUAUAAAAUAAGCAGCGCCUUCUAAAAUAAGCAGCGCCUUAGGAAAUAAGCAGCGCCUUAUAAAAUAAGCAGUGCCUUGUAAAAUAAGCAGCGCCUUCUAAAAUAAGCAGCGCCUUAUAAAAUAAGCAGCGCCUUAUAAAAUAAGCAGCGCCUUCUAAAAUAAGCAGCGCCUUAGGAAAUAAGCAGCGCCUUAUAAAAUAAGCAGCGCCUUCUAAAAUAAGCAGCGCCUUAGGAAAUAAGCAGCGCCUUCUAAAAUAAGCAGCGCCUUAUAAAAUAAGCAGCGCCUUAUAAAAUAAGCAGCGCCUUAGGAAAUAAGCAGCGCCUUCUAAAAUAAGCAGCGCCUUAGGAAAUAAGCAGCGCCUUAUAAAAUAAGCAGCGCCUUCUAAAAUAAGCAGCGCCUUAUAAAAUAAGCAGUGCCUUGUAAAAUAAGCAGCGCCUUAGGAAAUAAGCAGCGCCUUAUAAAAUAAGCAGCGCCUUCUAAAAUAAGCAGCGCCUUAUAAAAUAAGCAGCGCCUUCUAAAAUAAGCAGCGCCUUAGGAAAUAAGCAGCGCCUUAUAAAAUAAGCAGCGCCUUCAAAAAUAAGCAGCGCCUUAGGAAAUAAGCAGCGCCUUAUAAAAUAAGCAGUGCCUUGUAAAAUAAGCAGUGCCUUGUAAAAUAAGCAGCGCCUUCUAAAAUAAGCAGCGCCUUAUAAAAUAAGCAGCGCCUUAUAAAAUAAGCAGCGCCUUCUAAAAUAAGCAGCGCCUUAGGAAAUAAGCAGCGCCUUAUAAAAUAAGCAGCGCCUUCUAAAAUAAGCAGCGCCUUAGGAAAUAAGCAGCGCCUUAUAAAAUAAGCAGUGCCUUGUAAAAUAAGCAGCGCCUUAGGAAAUAAGCAGCGCCUUAUAAAAUAAGCAGCGCCUUAUAAAAUAAGCAGCGCCUUAUAAAAUAAGCAGCGCCUUAUAAAAUAAGCAGCGCCUUAUAAAAUAAGCAGCGCCUUAGGAAAUAAGCAGCGCCUUAUAAAAUAAGCAGCGCCUUAUAAAAUAAGCAGCGCCUUAUAAAAUAAGCAGCGCCUUCUAAAAUAAGCAGCGCCUUAGGAAAUAAGCAGCGCCUUAUAAAAUAAGCAGCGCCUUAUAAAAUAAGCAGCGCCUUAUGAAAAUAAGCAGCGCCUUAUAAAAUAAGCAGCGCCUUCUAAAAUAAGCAGCGCCUAAGGAAAUAAGCAGCGCCUUCUGAAAUAAGAAAAUAAGCAGCGCCUUAGGAAAUAAGCAGCGCCUUCUAAAAUAAGCAGCGCCUUAUAAAAUAAGCAGCGCCUUAUAAAAUAAGCAGCGCCUUAGGAAAUAAGCAGCGCCUUCUAAAAUAAGCAGCGCCUUAGGAAAUAAGCAGCGCCUUAUAAAAUAAGCAGCGCCUUCUAAAAUAAGCAGCGCCUUAUAAAAUAAGCAGCGCCUUAUAAAAUAAGCAGUGCCUUGUAAAAUAAGCAGCGCCUUAAGAAAUAAGCAGCGCCUUAUAAAAUAAGCAGCGCCUUAUAAAAUAAGCAGCGCCUUAUAAAAUAAGCAGCGCCUUAUAAAAUGAGCAGCGCCUUAUAAAAUAAGCAGCGCCUUCUAAAAUAAGCAGCGCCUAAGGAAAUAAGCAGCGCCUUAUAAAAUAAGCAGCGCCUUAGGAAAUAAGCAGCGCCUUCUAAAAUAAGCAGCACCUUAGGAAAUAAGCAGCGCCUUAUAAAAUAAGCAGCGCUUUCUAAAAUAAGCAGCGCCUUAGGAAAUAAGCAGCGCCUUCUAAAAUAAGCAGCGCCUUAGGAAAUGAGCAGCGCCUUAGGAAAUAAGCAGCGCCUUCUAAAAUAAGCAGCGCCUUAUAAAAUAAGCAGCGCCUUAUAAAAUAAGCAGCGCCUUAGGAAAUAAGCAGCGCCUUCUAAAAUAAGCAGCACCUUAUAAAAUAAGCAGCGCCUUAUAAAAUAAGCAGUGCCUUGUAAAAUAAGCAGCGCCUUAAGAAAUAAGCAGCGCCUUAUAAAAUAAGCAGCGCCUUAUAAAAUAAGCAGCGCCUUAUAAAAUAAGCAGCGCCUUCUAAAAUAAGCAGCGCCUAAGGAAAUAAGCAGCGCCUUCUGAAAUAAGAAAAUAAGCAGCGCCUUAGGAAAUAAGCAGCGCCUUCUAAAAUAAGCAGCGCCUUAUAAAAUAAGCAGCGCCUUAUAAAAUAAGCAGCGCCUUAGGAAAUAAGCAGCGCCUUCUAAAAUAAGCAGCACCUUAGGAAAUAAGCAGCGCCUUAUAAAAUAAGCAGCGCCUUCUAAAAUAAGCAGCGCCUUAGGAAAUAAGCAGCGCCUUCUAAAAUAAGCAGCGCCUUAGGAAAUGAGCAGCGCCUUAGGAAAUAAGCAGCGCCUUCUAAAAUAAGCAGCGCCUUAGGAAAUAAGCAGCGCCUUCUAAAAUAAGCAGCACCUUAGGAAAUAAGCAGCGCCUUAUAAAAUAAGCAGCGCCUUCUAAAAUAAGCAGCGCCUUAGGAAAUAAGCAGCGCCUUAUAAAAUAAGCAGCGCCUUCUAAAAUAAGCAGCGCCUUAGGAAAUAAGCAGCGCCUUAUAAAAUAAGCAGUGCCUUGUAAAAUAAGCAGCGCCUUAGGAAAUAAGCAGCGCCUUAUAAAAUAAGCAGCGCCUUCUAAAAUAACCAGCGCCUUAUAAAAUAAGCAGCGCCUUAUAAAAUAAGCAGCGCCUUCUAAAAUAAGCAGCGCCUAAGGAAAUAAGCUGCGCCUUCUGAAAUAAGAAAAUAAGCAGCGCCUUAGGAAAUAAGCAGCGCCUUCUAAAAUAAGCAGCGCCUUAUAAAAUAAGCAGCGCCUUAUAAAAUAAGCAGCGCCUUAGGAAAUAAGCAGCGCCUUCUAAAAUAAGCAGCGCCUUAGGAAAUAAGCAGCGCCUUAUAAAAUAAGCCGCGCCUUCUAAAAUAAGCAGCGCCUUAUAAAAUAAGCAGCGCCUUAUAAAAUAAGCAGCGCCUUAUAAAAUAAGCAGCGCCUUCUAAAAUAAGCAGCGCCUUAGGAAAUAAGCAGCGCCUUAUAAAAUAAGCAGCGCCUUCUAAAAUAAGCAGCGCCUUAGGAAAUAAGCAGCGCCUUAGGAAAUAAGCAGCGCCUUAUAAAAUAAGCAGCGCCUUGUAAAAUAAGCAGCGCCUUAGGAAAUAAGCAGCGCCUUAUAAAAUAAGCAGCGCCUUCUAAAAUAACCAGCGCCUUAUAAAAUAAGCAGCGCCUUAUAAAAUAAGCAGCGCUUUAUAAAAUAAGCAGCGCCUUCUAAAAUAAGCAGCGCCUAAGGAAAUAAGCAGCGCCUUCUGAAAUAAGAAAAUAAGCAGCGCCUUAGGAAAUAAGCAGCGCCUUCUAAAAUAAGCAGCGCCUUAUAAAAUAAGCAGCGCCUUAUAAAAUAAGCAGCGCCUUAGGAAAUAAGCAGCGCCUUCUAAAAUAAGCAGCACCUUAGGAAAUAAGCAGCGCCUUAUAAAAUAAGCAGCGCCUUCUAAAAUAAGCAGCGCCUUCUAAAAUAAGCAGCGCCUUAGGAAAUGAGCAGCGCCUUAGGAAAUAAGCAGCGCCUUCUAAAAUAAGCAGCGCCUUAGGAAAUGAGCAGCGCCCGAUAGCACCCGCGCAGCGGCACAGCGGAAUGUCGUUUGGCGCAUAUUCCAAGUCGUGGCCCCCCACAGACUAUACUAAACCGAUCAGUAUGAUUACUGUUUUUUUUUUUCAGGAAGAAAAGAGUGGGUUUUCCUAUUCUUGUGUUGCUCCUCUCAAAGUCGUUCCAGGUAACUUUUCUUUCUUUUUCUUUGUCCCCAAUCUUCACUGUUUUAUAUUUUGAAGCGUUCUGAAAAAAAUACCGAUCAAGGUAAUAAAAAACUCGAUUCCUAUGCUUCGAAAGAUAGUUUGAUCGUAAUUCUCAUUCCGUUUUGCACCCUUUUUUUCAAAAAGAAAUCAUUAAAGACGCACAUAUUUGUCCAUUUCAGAAAAACCUUGGCGUUACUACACCCCAUUGGAAGGAGAAUCUUGCUCAAUGUUUCCGCUGUGCAAUAAUCAUCUGCAAUGCGAUGAAAAAGACGUCAGUUUUAUCGAUGAAAGUUUUUUUCUUGGAACUUUUUAACCAGCUACGGGUUUUUUGAAGAGUCACUAAAAUUUUUGAGUUCACUUAUUGGAUCGUCUAAAUCUUAUUCAGGUUUCAGGGGAGCAACGACACUUUUAAAUGCGCGGAACCAACUCGUAUUGCCAUUUCAAUACUUGGUUGA